UAUUAAAGAUGAAGAAGUAUUUAAGUAGCCAAGAGGAAUGCGGAGGAAAUGACUUCAUAAAUCAGUGCAGGACCGAAGUAGAAGCAGGAUGAAAAAAGUCUAAACAAAGAGAUCCGACACCCAUGCGACAACCCCUCCCCCCUCCUCCAGCAACCAAUACACGUCUCUUAUAGGACAAUACGUCCGAACUCACUCCAGCCCAUAGGCUGACUGCUUUGUCAAAGAUUUUUGUCCAUAUUUUCCGCUGGGACUGGUCUACAGUAAGUGUACUUUUAAUGGUAAAUGUUAGUUUUUUUGGAUGGGGAAAAUUAAGGAAGCUGGAACUGGGCGUAUGAAGGAAUCCAGGAUGAACAUGGACAAGCUGAGCCAGCCGGAGCUGCUGACCCUCUUCAGCAUUUUGGAGGGGGAACUGGAGGCACGGGACCUGGUGAUAGAGGCUCUGAGGGCCCAGCAGCGGGACGCCUUCGUGCAGGAGCGCUACGGGCGCUACGACCUCAGCGACCCCUUCCUGGCGCUGCAGCGGGACGGCGAGGCGGCGGGGGGGCGGGGCCGGGCCGAGAGGGCGGGGCCCGCGGCCUGCCCGAACCCCCUGGCCGUGCUGAAGCUGGUCAUGGCGCACUGCAAGAGGAUGCAGGAGAGGAUGAUGGGACAGCUGGCGGCCGUGGAGAGCCGGCACAGGAAGGUCAUCGCAGACCUGGAGGAGGAGAAGCGGCGGCAUGCGCAGGACACAGCAGAGGGGGACGACGUCACCUACAUGCUGGAAAAGGAGAGAGAGCGGCUCCUGCAGCAGCUGGACUUUGAGCAGGCGCAGGUGCAGCGGCUGGAGAAGGAGCAGCAGCGGCUGUGGGGCCAGGCGGAGCAGGAGCGCCACCGGGCCAGCGCCCAGGCGCGGGAGGAGGGCCAGCGCGUGGCCGAGCUGGGCCGGAGGCUGGAGGAGGCGCGGGCGGCGGGGGAGGCCCUGCGGGGGGAGCUGGAGGAGGAGCGGCGGCGGGCGCAGCAGAAGGAGGCGCGGGCCGAGCGGCAGCUGGCCGAGCUGGACACCGAGCGCGAGCAGCUCCGCGCGCGGCUGCGCCGGGAGGAGGGGCGGAGCCGGCAGCUCAGGGAGGAGCUGGAGGGACUGCGCCAGGAAGCCGCCGCCCUGAGGGGCGGAGAGGGAGGGGGAGGAGCCCCGGCGGGGGCGGGGGGGAAGGCCGAGGCGCCGAGCAGGAGCAGCGAGACGGACGGCGGCGAGAGGUCGCCCAGCGGAACGCCCGUCCAGCUCAGAGUGAACGGCCACCACGCCCCCAAGGAGGGCCAGGCUCCGCCGGAGAACGGGCUGGAGAACGGGACCCCGCUCUCCCCCGCCACCCCCCACCCCCACCCCCAGCUUCACCCCAGCCUCUCCCCCUGCAGCACCGCCUCCUCCUCCCUCGCCUCCUCCCCCUGCUCCUCCCCCGUCCUGGCCAAGCGUCUGGCGGCCACGCCCGCCGGCAGCCCGGGCUUCCAGUCGCCCUACCAGGCCAGCGUGAACCAGCGCUUCCAGGCCGCGCGCCACAAGUUCCAGACCCAGGCGGAGCUGGAGCAGCACCAGCAAGGGGGGGGCAGCGGCCCGCAAUCCCCCCGCGACCUCUCCCCCACCACCACCCCCCCGCCGCCCCCGCCCCCGGAGCACAGCGCCGCCAAGCAGCUGGCCCGCAACACCGUCACCCAGGUGCUGUCGCGCUUCACCUGCCAGCAGGGCGGCAACAAACCGCCCGCCCCCAACAACUCUCCCUUCGGCACCGACUACCGCAGCCUAGCCUCCCCCACCAAGGGCCCCGCCACCAGCCCCCUGUCCGCCGGCGUCAGGUCCCCGACCGUCGCCCGGUCCGAGAAGGUCCACCCUCCUCCCAUACCCACCAAAAAGCCCGGCCUGUCCCCGUCCCCGGCAUCCCCCACCGCGGCCAGCCGGGCCAGUCCCUUCCCAGAACUCUCCGGAAGCUGCGGGCUCAGCAGCGGCCAGGAGGGAGCCAAAGAGCUCGACCUGGUCAUGUCCUCCACCAGCUAACCGCCCGCGACCCCUGACCCCCGACCCCCAACCCCUCACCUCUCUACUGUCCAGCAGCGGCUCCAGAAGCCCAAGCGCUAACGAGCCAGAGCUCUCUGAAAACACUGUCCACUUUAUUUAUUACAUUAUUAAUGACUUUAUUAUUUUUUUUACAAUCUGUUGAACUUUACAAAACGUAGUCUAGGAUUAAUGUAGUUAAAUAGUUAGAGGUUAGACGUUAAUAAACACAGACUAUAUUGAUUUUGUCUUUUGAUUUUGCUCAGCGUAUAAUGAUAAAACUGGUUAAAAAAGCCGGUAACUGUGACCAUAACAUUACAAAAGCACUAAAUAAUGGCAUCUGUUCAGGCAGCCAGGUGAAUACAGAGCCUGUCCAGUUGCCCCCAGAUGAGUUAUCUGAGACGGGCUCCACAUUCUCUCACUGAUAACUUCCCUUCUUGGCCAAAAUGAGAGUCUUCCUGAAGCGAGCGAUGGGGGAAGGCAUUAUGGGGAGAACGUUUGGAGAGCGAUUCCAAACUUUGGCCGCGUUCUCCUGGCCUAAGCUGUGACUGCCACAGAAAGCGGCGGGUGGGUUCGACAAGCAGCUUUUCCGUGAUGACAUUGAUGGCCAGCAGGGCGGCAGCAGAGAGCUUGUGCAGGAUAACAGUGGACCAAAGAACCUCGUUCGUGUAGCUGAGCGUCCCAGCGACACCCCCCCCCCCCCCCACGCUGAUGGAGCAGCUCUGUGUCCCCUCCCCACAGGGCCUACCUCAUCAGCUCUUGUGGCGGGAGGUGGGUGGGGGGCGGGGGAUUUGGGCCUACACUCUUCUUUCUUCCCCUACACAAGAGUGGAAGUGGAUGUACUUUACAGUUUUACAAAAAGGGAAUUAUUUUUUUGUUGUUGUUUUUUUAGAUGACUAUAUUCCUCAGUUCCACCUGCUGUAUUUAGAGAUCCAUGAAAACACCAGUUAAAAUCCCACUGUGACCCUGCACAAGACCUACACUGGGAACUGGGGUCAGUUUGGGCCAGUAACAUCUAACCCAGUUUCUCUAGGACAGUCGUAGAUGUGCGUAUUUAUGUGUAUGUGUGUGUAUGCUGGUUUUCGUUACAACCUGUCCUCCACGGAUUAACUGUCUCAGUUUAUUAAUUUGCUGUAUAUAAUAUACUCCUCUGGACUUCCCAAAAUACUUUGCUCUACAAUGUAUAGAGUGCAGUCAUAAAUUCAGGCGGAAGUUGUGAGUAAUCAUUGGUAAUAAAUUCAUGAAUACAUUUACAAAUAAAUAAAUAUUGAAAAAUCAUGCUCAAAAAAGAAUAAUGAUUGGGUAGAGCACAAAAAGAAAAAUAUUUAAAAAUAUAUAUAUUAAAAAUUAAAAGUCAUCAUACAUGUGGCCCAGCAGGAAUCGAACGGAGACAGGAUUAAUGAAAAUGGCACCGUCUUAGCCCUCUUAGCCCUCUGGGCGCUCUUAUGGGGCGGCAGUGUAGUGUAAUGGGUACGAAACUGGGCUUGUAACCUAGAGGCUGCAGGUUCGAUUCCCGGAUAGGACACUGUCGUUGUACCCUUGAACAAGGUACUUAACCUGCAUCGCUCCAGUAUAUAUCCAGCUGUAUAAAUGGAUGCAAUGUAAAUGCUAUGUGAAAAAUGUUGUGUAAGUCGCUCUGGUUAAGAGUGUCUGCUAAAUCCCUGUAAUGUAAUGUAAUGUUGUGCUUCAUCAAAAACACUGUUCUUGUUGAUGAUAAUUACACUUCAUUCUAUUUCCCAGUGAUGUUUCAGUAUGGAGUCACCCGAUGUCCAAUCGCCUCUUUUCUCCGACUCCUCCAUACACGGCAUGUGUGGCCUGAGUUUGGGCUGCGGAGAGAAUGCGGCUGACUGGACGGGGUUUUGCUCUUUAAAGCAGAGAGCCGACAGGCUGCAGUGUGAUGUCGUGGCUUUGGGGACAGAAGUGAGAGGAUUUGCCUGGUCAGCACAUUUGCACAAAGUUCCAAUUAAAAAAACUGUGUCCAUUAAGGUUAAAGUAUCCAGACAGAGUGAAGUGUUCCCAGAGGCAGAAUUAGCGGGGAUGGGCAGCUCAGCGGGUCAAAAUGGCGGUUAGCGGCGCGUGGGCGAGCUCCGUGCCCUCUCCUCCGGCUGUGCGCGUGCACGUGCGCGGCUGGCGUGGCCGCGGUGUGAAAGGAAGCGUCUGGCGGGCACCCCGUGUCUCAGAGGAGAACCACGCGGGCUUCACGGUCCAAAAUCCGGGCAGCAUUUAAGAUGCCAAAUUUAUUUUUGAAAAAAAAAUAUAUAAAUCCACUCUGUGGGGGAAAUGAUGAAUUCACUGUGGGCUAAAAUAAAUAAAUAACAGUGAACCCUGUUCAGGGGCAUCUUUUGAAAGCACAAUGCAUAUAUUUUUCAGUUAGAACUCCUUUUCAGCAUAUUUUUGUAACUGAUGGUAAGAUUUUAAUACUUCUGACCGAAUUACUUGACAUUGUUUUUAUUAUAUAUCUAGUAUGCGUAUGUGGAUUUAUUAACUAGUAGAUACACUGAUUUUUUAUUUUUUUUGACAUCUCUGUUGAGUGAAUGGAUGCAUAUUCAUGAUUAUGUUCCAAUUUCAUAAUAUAUGUACUAAAAUUACCAUAAUGAAAAAUUGUGCACUACAGCUGACAAAGUUAUCACCUGUGACUAAUGGGCUAAAAUCUGGCUUUAAAAUACUUAUAAUUUCUGGAGGAGCAUGCAGUACUUUUAAACACUGGCAGUUCCAUAUUGCUGUGAGAAGGUUUGCACCUUUAACCCUAUUCAGGUCUUGCAUGGUAGCCACACGCAGUAAAUGUGCCUUUUACACCUGUGAUCUUCUGGGAGACGGUCACUGUUCUGUCUAUUUAGGAUAUAAUCGCUUCUACCCUUUCAUCUUGCUUGUCUUUCUCUGUUUUGUGGCUGUCAUUGGAGGAAGUAGUCCUAGGGGUGAUCACAUCCUUUACUGAAGUCCAGUUGAGGGAGAGAAUGGGAUGGAGAAUGCAGGGAAUGCAAUGGUGUUACUUCACCACAAGAGGGCCAGUAGAUCUAUUUAGUUAUCCUUUGGUUUUGUAUCGUUUUGGUCAGUUUCUUGUUUUACGUAUUGCAGACAACAGCUGUUGUUCUGCCAGGUUUCAAUGUUUUUUUUUUUUUUUUUAAGCGAUCAGUAAAGCAGAUUAUAGGAAAUCUUUCAGGAUGACUUUGGUCAGUAGAACGCAGGGUGUUUGGGUGACAGUAAGUUCCAGGUUAAUAAUGCACUGAUGCAAGGAAGUCUUUUUUCCACACAUACUGUAGAUUAUUAAUGAAUGGAACAGCUUAGCAAGUUGUACAAUGUAAGCAGAGGUCGUUGGGAAGUUUGGUACAGUGCUGGAUAGUCUCUCUAGACAGUUUGGUUAGGCUUGUUAUUAGGCAGAAAACCCAUGGUUUACCGUCUGGUAGGAGUAUGGAAAAAAAACCUGGUUUGUGAGGCCAACAGCUGGGGGGAAGAAAGUGAGACACCUAGACAGGCUGAAAGCCCUGUCCUAAUCGCGGAGUAUUCACCUUAUUCUUAUGCCCUUUUUUUGGGUGCUCAACUGAAUGAGGAACUGGGGCGACAGAGUUUAAUAAGCUGCUUCUGCUGCAGAACUGUGUCUCUGCUGCCCCCUGGAGGCUUCAACUGUCCGUCGGUGAUAAGCCCACGGACUGCACCGCCACACGGAUGGUUCCAGAAAUGUGCGGAUUAGGGAGUAGAGGUGUGUGUUUUCCGAGUGUGUGAUGAAAACGAAGUGGACAUUUAGCGGGCUGUAGGCUGUAGUGUGCAUAGGCAUGUGAGACUAGUCUGCCCUGUGUUCUUUGUUGGUUUUGUAAUGUGUACAACAGGACAAUAAGGUUGCUUUAACUAUUUUGCUUUAAUGUAUGACCUGGUCUCUUAUUCCUUGGCUGUUGUCCUUCAAAACGGUUUACAAACUACAUGUGAUUUUUGGACUAUGAAAAUGCAUUGAAACAUUGGCCUAGUAUUGGCCUUGUUCGUUUACAGUAAUGCAGGCGUUUUUACAGUAAUAUACAGCUAUAUUACAAGAAAUAAAACGACUGAUGCAGCAUAUGUCUAAUCAGUGGCAAAUAUAACUGAAGCUUGAUUGCAGACUAUUGACAGACUACAGCAAAACAGGCCUUUGAUUUCUUCCAAAUCAUAAGUAUAUUAAAAUGUUGUGUUUAUUGCCAUUGCGCUGUUAAAUCUCACCUCCCUAUUGACUCUCGAGUCUCUGCUAUGUGUGGAGGUUCCAAAUGGGUUUCUACAGAAGGGAUAAUACAUGGGACUCUUUUACAAAGUUUUAAUGGCAUCUGAUAGAAUACUCUUGAGAUAUGGCUAAACCCAAACCGCACUUGAAUUGAAGGCAUUUUGUGGGUUUUGUCAAACCAAUAUGUUUGUGUACCUGAGAUUAACAUAUGUUUGGAUUAUGGCCUAAAUGUAUGCAUUUAUAAAAAAUCUGUACCACAGCAUUAAGUACACUAAAUUCCCGCAUGCAAUAUGUUUACUCCAUGUACUAAUAAAUGUUCUUAUGGCUGUUUGUUAUAUAUAUCUGAAAAAUUAUAUAUAUAAAUAUGCAACUUCAAGUGCCUUUGGAAUUGCAUGAAAAAAUACAUAUCAGAACCUUAAAAGAUAUGACAACCCGCUACUGUAUUUUAUAUGUAAGUGCAAUCUGCAUUACUUAAUAAAAACCAUGACGGAAAAA